GGCCCCAUGGCGGAACUCCUACAUCUGUGAUCUGUGACUUUACGGUCGAACUACCUUCUGCAAUUCUUCGUCGCCAUCAUGCCGGGUCGCGGAGGAGCCGGGAACUGGCAAGCAGCGCAAGAAGCGCAGAAUACUCCCAAGGUGGUAGACGUCGAAGCCCAACAGUCCUCCGCCUCGAUCGAGACCCCCGUCGCCGGCCCCUCAGCACCUCGAGCGGAUCAACAGUACGCUUUCAGCGGUCGGGGAGGAAGUGGGAACUCAUACAACCCAAAAGAGCUCCAUCAGAAAGGUACAUUUCAGAAUACGGAUUUGUCCCAUGCUUCUGCGUCGGAUGCCGCGGCUGGUUGGUCUUCGAUGCUUUCGGGAGCUCAGGCCAAGGGCAGCGAUGUUGUGCGAGCGGCUGGGCGCGGAGGCUCAGGCAACAUGGUCUAUGGUGUGACAGAUGAUGAGAGGGCUGCGCUUAGAAAGAUGCAGGAAGAGCAAGAGGGGAAGAAGAUCGCGGCGGAUGUUGAGGCAAGUGUGAAUGCUACGCUUGCUGAGCCGCCGAAGGCGAGGUUGCCUGGCACGUUCCCGUGAAGCACCGGCUCGAGUAGAAACCAUGGGGCACAGAUUCCACUGUCGUCACGAAGGAGUUCUGGCAACGUCUCGCGACAGCACAGCGGCAUAUCGUGAGAAGGGGACGAAUUUAUGGCAAGAGCAACGGGUACACGAUCGAGAAUAGGUCGAUACCAGGACCGACGAACGCGCUCGACUUCCGUCUCCUCCCCUCCGCUCUCGACUUCUCCGGCCCUUGAACAGCUCAAUCGCAGAAAGCCUGCAAAGCCCAUCUAUAAUGGGAAAUGACUGCUCAGUCCUCGGCAGCGGCGAGCUUUCAAUGAGUCCUUGUAUGGAUGUCGCUACCUGUACAUCUGGCUUUGCUCUACAAAUAACGCCUCCAACGCCUUGCUUGCCAUGUCCGCUGUCCAGCACCGGUAUACGUGCUCGUCAAGUUCGUUGCGCCUGCGGCGAGUACCGCGGCAGCUCUUCGUAUAGUCCUAGUUGUGGCAUUGUCGCCUGACCAAUUGUCUUAUGGAUCAAGGUCGCAGUGGUAUCAAGUAGGCCUUGCAGAACCAUCGACCAUGGCUGCGAUGUCGCCCACGACUGGCCUUUGAUCAGAGGCGUGUAGCCUCCACUUGGAUUUCGGCGGACGACCAUAGCAUAUUCCUGACACGCGUCAGCUCUUGUCACUUGAACCAAUAAAGAGAGGGUCAAAACUUACCCAGGGAUUCUCAUCUUCUCCCUCGCGUGCUUUCGACGCGUAUACGAUCUCGUACGGAUUGCCUUCGAUGAGUGGGUUGGGACUUGAUGGGAAGAGCACAGCUGUGUUGGCUACGAUGGCAUCAGCAGAAUCUUCAAGACAUAAACAAAAGGACGGCAUAUACCAAAAAUCCGCUUCCUCAUCUCAUCGUCGCUGAGCUGGGCAACAGUAUGUUUCUUCGACUUGAGAGCCGAUCGCGGAACAGGCCACCCGCCAGGCUGCAUUGUGCUGAACAAACAGUGAAAGACAAAAGCUCACAGCAACAGAGAAACAACAGCGUAGUUAUAGAAAAUGCCACAAAUAGUCACAGUUGUCAGCUCUGCAGCAAGUCCCCCAAGUUUAUCUUUUUGCUAGGAUGUGGUCGGCGUUGGUACAUAAGUACCUGUCUCGUGGUCUUUCCAGACCCCCAUGAACCUGCCAAGCUACAUCGCCGAAUCUUUCAGUUUGCGCCGCAUCCCACACUUCAUUCUCGUGGGCACCGCGUUGGCCGCACGCCACAUGUGAUGCUAGGCUCGUAGGGUAUGGUCGUUUGGUCAUUAUCGG